AAACGCCCUCCACACGUCGUCGUUGCAAAUGGGCGACAAGUCUCCUAUUCUCGACAACGAGCCCGGCGGGCCUGGAGGCAAGCGUCCAAAACGCAAGGAUGUCGGAGUCUCCCGGUUCAUUCUCCUGCUCAUUCUCUGCGCAACGAUACCGGCAACAUUGUUAUUGGUAGGGCCGAAACUUGGCCUAGGCAAGGAAAUUGAAGAAGAUAAUGCUCUUGGGAAAGUUACCUGGACAGCUUGCCGGCAGAGGGGCUCGGGGGGUUCUCCUCUUGCAGAAUGCGGAGCUAUCACUGUACCACUCGACUACUUCAACGAGAGCGCAGGGACCGCAAGCAUUGGAUUGUCGCGCUAUCGCGCAUCUGUUUCCCCCAGAAAGGGCAUUGUUCUCAUCAACCCUGGUGGUCCAGGUGGUUCAGGCAAAACGUUCGUAGCCAUGGCAGGAAAACUGUUGCAGACACUGGUGGGCGAAGACUACGAUGUCAUUGGCUUCGAUCCGAGAGGUAUUGGUGACUCGAGGCCUUCUACCAAGUGUUUUACUGGAGAUACCAGCUACACCACGUUCGUCAGGAACACCGUUUUGACCCGAAGCUACGAUCUGGCGAGUAACCUAUCCGACACUGAAGCGAAGAAGAUGCUUGUUCGGCAACAGAGGGAAGCGGAAGCUCUGUACAAGACCCAGUUCGACAUCUGUGGCAAGACCAUGGGCGACCAGCUCAGAUACAUGGGCACUAGCACCGUCGUUCGGGACAUUGACUUCAUAACCACUGCAUUGGAAGGUCCUGAUGCACUAAUUAACUUCUAUGGCUUCUCAUACGGAACCAUCCUAGGACAAUAUCUUGUGAACAUGUUCCCGGAUAGAGUGGGGCGGGUUGCCAUCGACGGCGUUGCAGACGCAUCCGCUUGGGCCUCCGAACCAUACUAUACCUGGUAUAGGGGUUGGCUUAGUUCCACGACGGAUGCUUACGACAUAUUUUUCCAACGGUGCUCGGAGGUGGGGCCGCCUCACUGCCCGCUUGCCCAAGAGAAGGGAGAGGACCCCUCGGAUAUUAAGGAUCGUCUGGAAAACUUCAUUGACAGUCUCUUCUACGAGCCUAUGUCAGUCCCAGAUACCAAUGUUCCAGGUCUGCUGACUGCGGGUCGCAUGCGCAUGUUCCUCCUCGGCAAUCUCGUCGCCCCUCUGUCCUGGCCCUAUAUGUCGAACGCACUGGCACUGGCUAUGGGCGGACACGGCGCCGCAGUGCUGGAGGCAGUGCAGCCGAACCCAAGGGCGGAAUUAACACGCUCGGCCGUGUCGUGCAACGACCAGAAGCCGCUGGCCCCGCUGGCCCCGGAGACGGUCGUGGACGAAGUGCUGGAUGUCUUCCAUAAGGUCUCGCGGCUCGCGUUCACGGUCAUCACGACCGAGCCGGAUGCGGGCUGUCAGUACUGGCCUGUCACCCCGCCAGAGCGCUUCCAGGGCCCUUGGAACCGUACGCUGAGCAAUCCAAUUCUAAUCCUUAGCAAUGAGGCGGACCCAGUCACACCACUCAGAAACGGCGAGAUCGUCCACAAGUUUCUCGAGAACUCUUCGAGCCUCGUCAUCCAGAACAGUCCGGGCCACUGUACCUUAGCUAUGCCUUCAGCCUGCACGAAUAACGUCACGAGGGCGUUCUUUGCCGACGGCACACUUCCAGCAAAGGGAAUGCACUGCCCUGCUGACUACCCACCUUUCUCCGGAGCGGCUAUCAAAGCACUGUCCGAGGACUCUGGACGACUUGAUGCUCAGGCUAAGCUUGGUUUGAUCUUGGAUCUCGCGAGGAAGGGUCUUCCUUAUGACCACUUGGUCUAGAUAUGCUAGUGAGGCCCAAGUACGGUCUUCCCCAAGUAGUCGAGAUCGAGUUCAUGUACAAUACAACUGGGAAAUAUACGUACGAGAACAUACUUAUUUUUUAGCGAC